AUGUCUCAAGUUUCCUACAAUCCAAAGGACCUUCCGAAUAUCGAGAAAGCGAAAGCAAAAGGAAACGAGGCACAUGGGAAGCAGGAAUACGGAACGGCGGUUCAAGAGUAUACUAAGGCAAUUGGAUAUUUCUCAACGUCCUCCAAACCUCCAAGUCCGCCGCCAGGGUCUGGCGCCGGGAGUUGGCAAAACCCUGCACAGCUAAAGUGCACCUUGCACUGUAAUCGAUCGGCUGCUUAUCUGGGACUGCAGAAGUAUGAGGAGAGCCUGAAAGAUGCAUUGGCGGCCGACAUGGCUGGCUGGUACAAGCCUUUCUUCAGACAAGGGGAAGCUUUAACGGGCCUCAGGAGAUACGAACAAGCAUUAGUGGCUUACGAGCGAGCGAUCGAAUACGUGGGGCAGUUGGGGGCAGGGAAAGAAGAUCAAGAUAAAGAUAAAAGCCGGCUUCUUCGAGCUCGCAUCGAGCAGAUUGUGCGGAGGAUCAAGCGCACGCGUAGGCUAAUGGAGGACGAAGAGCUAGGAUUCCGUCUACAUCAAAUAUCGCCGAGUAGAGGGGACAUUUGUGGCAAACAGUUCAUGGCGCCGAUCCAAAAUGUCAUCUUUGCGUACGCGAAGCAGAUGCGGAACUUCAUCUACUUCAUUGAGAACAUCGCCUCCGGGGAAUGUUUAGUCGUGGACGCAUGUUGGGAUAUCAACGGCGUUAUUAGCUACGCGGAGAAGCAUAAGAUGAAGAUCGUCGGCGCGAUCGCAACGCAUUAUCAUGUCGACCAUGUAGGCGGGAUACCACCGCCGCCAUUCGACCUUCCAGGCAUCCGGGUUGAUGGCUUGCAGAAGCUUUUGAAGAAGCUUCCGAACAUCCAGGCCUUCGUGAGCCCUGGGGACGUUCCAGGCAUCAUAAAAGCGAACCCGGAUAUGGCUUCGAAAAUGGAUCGGCUAAGGACGACCGCGGAUAACGAGACAUUGGUGCUACCGAUGUCGUUGAACGGAGAAAGUAAUACUGGCGGGAGUACGACAGUGGGGAGGAGCACUAUCCUGCAAUUCAUACACACGCCAGGACAUUCACCGGGCUCUCAAUGUAUCUUGAUCAACGGCGUGCGGUUGUUGUCCGGGGACACCCUUUUCAUAGGAUCUUGUGGCCGAGUGGAUUUCCCAGAUUCGAGCGUAAAGGAUCUCUACGACUCCUUACAAGUGAAACUCGCAGCUCUCCCGGACGAGGUUGUCAUCUUCCCGGGCCAUGAUUAUGGCGGGGAACAAACCACCGUGCAACGGGAGAAGCAGGAUGGGCUUCUGAGACCCAUAGAUUUCGAAACCUUUCGAUCGUUUCUCCAAGACUCGACAGACAGCGUGCCCCCUCCUGCUUCUCUUUGA